AUGUGGAUAAAAGAUAAUUAUCCCAAUUGGAAUUUGUUAUCAUCAUCAGAUGGCUCAGUUUUUUUCUCACCUAAAUCAAAUGCAAUUACUGAACAUAACAUCAAUGAAAUAAAGAAUCAUUUUCAAUAUUUGCAAAGGAAUCAAACUUAUUUUAAAGUUAAAAAAAAUAAAACAAAUGAGGACACAUGGAAAAUUGAUUCCAUAUGUAUACCACAUGGUAUCAGUCUGAACUUAAAACAGACAAAAUCAGAUAAUUUGAGAUGUCUAUCAAAGAAUAUAAGCUUUUUUGAGACUGCAGGUCAAGAAGUCACAUGA